AUGUCGACGUGGAUCCAGGAGCCGAUGGAGCCGAUUCCCGAGGAAGACGGAGAAUGGUCGACGGACGGACGAAGAACGACUCGCAAACGCGAGGUCUACACCUCGGAGCAGAUCAACACCCUCGUCAGGUAGAUCUAAAACCGGCUUCUUCUCUUUCUUUUUUUUUCGCAUCCUCUGUACUUGUGUCUUUCCUUCUAACCGAGUAGGUCCACCAUUAAAGAAGUUUCUUUAUGAGGGUGGAAGCGAUAGGUUUCUUAAUUUUUCAAGAACUCGCUCAAACUUUGAACCAAUAGUUAUUGAGGGCGUUUUUUUGACAAGAGCGAUGUGAACGAAGAUGAAUCAUUUCUAAUUUGUAUUUUUUCAGUUUUUCAAUUUAUUAUAUACCAUCGUUUUUAAAUCAUAAUUUAGUUUACCAAAAUCAUUACUAACUGUAUAAAACUGGAACAGAAUAGUUUGAAACAUCUUCUCAAAAAAAAAUUCUUUGAUCGUGGAACAAAAUUUUCAAAAAUGAUCUCAAGUAAGCUGUGAACGACCUAUAAAUCAAUCAACUUUCACUUAUCUACUGUUUAGUCGUGAUCAUAUCGUAAGCCGAGCCUGUCAUAAAAUUUGCAACAUUUUUGUGAUAUGAUUAGAUGGUUUGCGAAGAAUUUUCAAAUCUUCUCUUUUGCGAUUGUUUUAAUUUUGUUUGUUUUAUUCAGUGAUAAGUGUUGAUAAAAAGGAAAAUGGAGGCUGGUGAGCCAUCGAGUCGAUCGAUCGCGUGCCAUUUGUGUGCGCGCGCGUUGGUUCAGUUGUACGCAUAGUUUUGGCCGCUGUUCUUUGACCAACUUCUUCUUUCUUUCCGCUCCAGAAACAAUUAUUUUCAACCUUGAUUUUUACAAACCCUCCACUUUGAUUUCAAGCAUGAGCUUCUAGCAGAAAUUUUCUUCGUUUUUUUUGCAUGAUUUUUAAAGCUUUUUUUGUGUGACUGUCGUGAUGUGUUUGGUUCGUUACUUCUCUUUCUUAAGUUAGUUCAAUCAUCUAGAUUUGUUUUGAUUUCAGCACAGUUCCACGCGAAGCGGUUCCACAAGAGUGGAUCGUCGAGAACCAGGUCGUCGACCCUGCGUCAGUUUUUUUUAGUAACUAUAUAUAUUAUUUUCAAAAUUACAAAUUUUCUUGGCAAGUAACAAUUCAAAAAAAUUCACGGUAAAAUAUAGACUUCUUUGUCCUAAACGACGGCUCUCGUUAGAUGUCGCCGUUUCUUAAAUCUCUUUUCGCUUUGUUGCUUUGUUCUUUAUUUGUGGAAAAAAAAGAAGAAAGACACCCGUCGUGAUAUCUUAUUGUUCAUUUUGAAAUUCAAUUUUUUUCCGGAAGUUAUUUAGUUACAAAAAACAAUAGUAAGCUGAGAUACUUUUAAAAACUUCUUCCACUUCAUUGUUCCAAACUGGAAAAAUAAACCAAGAAAUUUUGUGAAUAAAUCGAACGCUACUAUGAAAAAAAGAAAGUGAAAGUUUUUUUAAAGUACUUACUUUUCUCAUAAUUUUUUUCAUCUGAAGCCUGGGAAAAAUGCUACAAGAAAUUUUUCAUCUAUUAUUUUUGCGCGCUGUUUCACGAACUGCGUGAAAAAAACAAGCAGUUAUAAUUUUCUUGAAAAAUUUUUUUUUUCUCGUGAUACGAUUGCUGAAAAAUAAGCUUUGACUGAUCCGCUACGUUUUUAUCUUUUUUCAUGACAGACAAAGAGAUAUUUUUUAUCGCAAAGAUGAAAACUAGAAGAGAUAUUCGGUGCAAAACAUUUUUCUCUUUCAAACUGAACGAGAAUUUUCUGCAGAAUGGCGGCAUCUUACCUGACAGAAUCGUUGGCGGGACCGACGAGCGCUCGCGGAUCGGCCUAUUCCUACUCCUACGAGUCGCACUACGACAAUCCGCCCGAGGAAGAGUACGAAAUAACGACGGCCGAUGGUCUCCAACAAACCCAAAAGGUACGUUCCAGUACGAAGAAGGUUUUUUGGCUGGGAAAUACCAGUUUUGAAAUGCGAAAGGUGGCAGUAGGUUAGCAGAACUCGAGGCGAUGAUAUUUUGACAGAGAAUACCGGUUUUUGGUGCAGGUGACCCGAGUGACGAAGGUGACGACGACGCGGUCAGUGCGACAGAUACCCGUCACGUCGCCGUACGCCAAUAUCGAUUUCGACUCUAGCGGCUUGCCGACGCCGUCGCCUGUCGUCGAGAUCGACGGCCCCAUGGACGCUCUCGGCAUCCGGUCAGUAGCCAUCGCAAACACACAAGUCAAGACAUUACUACAGAAGCUUCUAUUUUCCGGAUUUCAAUCACACUGAUUUUUACUUUGGGAAACUUUACUUUUCGACGACUUCUCCAAACUUCUAGAAAAAUUUUUUUCAUCAUAGAUAAAAGAUAUGGGCUUCAAAAUUGAAAACUGAAAAAAAAAUUCCGGUUUCGCUAGUACCGCUUCUGGCACAAAAGAAGGAAAAAAAGCUGUCGAAUUGGGAAAACUGUUUGGUUUUUUUUUCGCUUCUUUUUUGAUUAUUCGUUAAAGAUUUUCUUCCUUGACAGUCUCCAAACUCGAAAAUUACAAAGAGCACAUCUGAAAAAACUCUGUUUUAUGUUAUAAGUUUUAUUUCACUUGGAAAAUUCGAUUUUUUAGUUAUUGAUCCGAUGAAUCAAAAAAAUUUUGAUGUUUCUUUCUUUUCCAGUCAGAAAUUCUUUUUAUCCCAUAUUUCAUCGUACUUAUAGGUUACAUGGAGAAGACGUUGAAGACCGAUCCGCACCUCCACCGGCGCCUUCGUUCGGCGGAAGGUUUUCUGACAGUAAGAACUUUCUUACAGUUUUCGUUAUCUUUUUUUUGUUUGAGAUUCUCCUCCCGGCGCCCCGGGAGUUCCCGAUGUGAUCGACGUGAGUAUUGGAGAGGUGACGGUCGUCUGGAGCUCCCCGGUGCAGAAAAUGGGCGAGGGAGACAUCAGUGGAUACCAGGUCCGUCUUUCAGAAUUUUUGAGACGAUUUCCGAGAUUUGCAGCUGCAAAUGAGAGAAUUGCCCGAAGGCGACUGGGAGGACAUGGGCGUAGACCAACUCAUCAAAGACACCACGUGUCGAGGUUCGUUCUUACCAGGGAACGUUUUUUACAUCCCGGUUGAACUUUUGCUGACACUUUGCUUAAGUGUACUUCAGGAUCUCCUGAUUGCAGAACAGAAAGAAAAUUUCUCGCAAUAGAUCUUGUUUCCGAGUUAUGGAGCUUCAAAGUGUGCAAAAUACGCAAAUUAGGCCAAAAAAGCGCUAUUUCGGGUUUUUAAAGUGUCCUAAAGUAAAAAAGUUCCCUAGUUAGCUUUCUUCUUCUGAAUGUAGAGAAUACAUCACCCACAGACAACUUUUAUAAGAUUAUCGGUCAAACCACCUUGAUAGCAAAUUUAUUCUAAAACCUUUUUUUCAUAUUUUAGUGGAUCAUGGGGGUUGAUUUUUUUUAAUCAGUUUCGAAAAAUCCGAAAUUUCGAGAAGAUGUUUUUUUAUUGCGGGAAAAACUCAACCGGAAGAAAAAAAUGUUGGAAGUGUUAACAUUUUUUUAUAAGAAAAAAAUAAACUUGAAUCAGAUUAGUUUUUUGAGGAAAAAAAUUAGCUGAUCGCAUAAUUCCUCUGUUAAUUAUUAUUUUUUGCUUGAGCAAGCUUUUUUCAUUAGACAAAAAAAUGUGUUUUUCUCGUUCUACCGAGGUUAAAAAGACGUCUAAUAAGAAGAACGGCCUUAAAAAUGUUUCGACCUUGUCUCUGCAGAUUCUUCUUGAUGAUUAUCUAUACAUCUCUUCGUGUAUAGCACCUCGGCCAAGUUCUUACACACACUUUUCUUCUGUCUUCUUUUUUCUUAAUAUAUUUUUGAGAUUGUUUUUUGUUGUAUUUCGAAAUUUAUCUCAGAACUCAGAAUGAUAACGUGUUUCCCAUUAUUUCGAACGUAAAUAAGUAUAAGUUUGAAGUUUGGAGUAUAAGCAUCUGAAGAGAGAAUUUGCAGUGACCAACCUGAGCGCGCAGGAGGUGCAGUUCCGGGUGUCGGCGUAUGGCCGAAACGGCUUCGGACCGCCGUCCAAGCCUUCCCUUCCUGUACGCGUUCCCUACACCGACAACGAGUUGACUGGAGCUACAUGUACGUUUUUUUCUCUCUUUUCGGUUCAAGUAAUUCAACAAACCUUUUCCUAUUCCACUGUGUUCUCGAUUUUUUUCGAUUUUUUCCAACCGACUUUUGAAUGUGUAAAAUGUUUAUCUUCAAGUUUUUCUUUUGAAUUUUCUAUUUAACAAUCUUUCAUUGAACUUCUGAGUCUAUAAAUCUCGAUUAAAUUGAUUUCUCUAAAGUUUAAAAAUGCAACUGCAAAAUAAAUUCCGUAAUUUUAAAAACAUGAAAAUUACCUUCGUAGGUGAAGCAUCUAUGCUUUUUCGACUCCUGUAAAAAAACCGGUUCCGACUUAUUUAUUCUUUUCACCUUGUGGAUGAAUAACUUAUUAUUAUUAUUAUUAUUAUUAUUAUUAUAAUUAAGUUUUUUUGCUUCAGAUAAACAAGGUGAAAAAGAAACGUUUAAGAUUAAGCAGGAAUCAUUAGUUUUAACUGGAAGUAAAUCUGGUUUGGAUAAGCCAAAAUACUUCCUUCGCUUUUGAUAGAGUUUUGCUAUGAGAAUUUCCAAUUCUCUCACUUAUCAACAUUAAUUCUUCUAUAAUCUCUAAAAUGAAUUAUUAAACAUUCAACUUUUUUUUUAUUAUUUCAACGAACAAAUCAUAUCGCGCCGCUGUUCCUAAGAGCGGGGGGUCGUGAGGUCAAGGGCGAUAACCUUAUCUUGAUACUUGUUGUCGUCCUGAACUUUGUCCGAUUUGCUUGAUUUUAUCUCCACAAGACUCGCGUCUCCUUCUCACCUCUGCGAGAGAAAAGAGUGAAUGAAGAGCGUUGCAGCCGCGGGAUCGCCUCUGGCUCCCGGGAAGCCGAUCGUGAUUGCCGUAGAUGGUCAUGGGGCAGUCAUCGAGUGGAAGCCUCCCGUGGCCGACAUUCGUGCCGCGCCGCCUUCCGGCUACCAGGUUAUCGAUAUUCUCAUCUUCUUUUCCAUAUUCAAAGUCUCAGGUUGAGUACCGUGUGUACGGAAGCAGAGAUUGGAUCGUUGCCAACGAAAUCUUCGUUACCGACACGGUUUUCACUGGUGAGUGCGUGUUUCAUCAGCAGGCUAAAAAUUUUGAUUAAAUUCGCAUCUUCCUUAAACUGCAGACUAGCGGCGUAGUAAAUGCGGCUCGCCAGAAAAAAAUAAUAAAAAAAUAAAGAAGUGUCUCGAAAAAAACCUGUUUUUUUAUUUGGCUUUUUGAAGACCGACAGCAAAGAUUUAAGUUCCAUCGCUGUUUUGAAUCCAAGCAACUAAGCUCCAAGGCUCCACUAACAUUUUUUUAACCAAAUAGUUUUUUUAUUUUUUUUAUCUUCGCGGUGGAAAAAAACGCUUUAUUUCAUUAAAAAGUACUUGGAAUUUUUUUCUGAAAACGGCGUUAGCCUCGAAAUCAAAAAAAUCAAAAAAAUCACAUAGAACCAAUGCUCAAUGUUUAGAAAAAGACAUUGAUCGAGUAAUUCAAACCAAGUUACUCAUAUUAAGGAGAAAUUAAAUAUGGACUCAAUUCAUGAAAGCUAUAUUUUCUCUGUCUCUGAGCACAGGAAAUUGAAAGUGAGAGGUGUUUUAAUACUGAUUCCUGACUUGAUCUUCUCCGCUUUCAUAACGGUACGAGUGGCGGAUAAUCUACUGCGAAAAAAGGAAAAAAAAUAUUCGAAUUUCGAAUAGAUUAAAAACAAGAGAGAUGUUUUAAUACUGAUUCCUAUCGACAAUGGAAUUCCUCGAAUUUUUUCACACUGGGACCGCUUUCAGUGGAAAACCUUCGACCCAACGGAGUUUACGAGUUCCGAGUCCGAGGCAGGAACGCCGACGGCCUGGGCCAUCCAAGUCUCAGCUCGGGUCCGACGGCGAUCCGGCCGGCGCCGCCACAGAGAACGACUCCCAGCCGACCUGUUUCGCACAACAUCCAGCCUCCUGGCCAACCUCAGGUCCUUUCACAAUGAGCAUGACUCGAGAAGAAAAAAAAUCAUUUUCCAGUUGGUGGAAGCCGACAACGACUGGGUCAAGUUGGAAUGGGCUCCUUCGGCUCAUGACGCCCGAUACGUCGUCGAGUACAGGGAAAUCGGGGAUCCGACCUGGCAUACCGCCAACUUCGAACCUAUUUUCCACAAUGGCAUCCAAGGUUUGAUUUCAUUUUGACAGUCAAAGUGCUUUUGAAAUCCUAGCCAUGAAACAAUUUUUGGAGCCAAGAAAAAACCUACAGAAUUUUUAGCCGGAUUUUUCUAAGGAAAAGAAGGCUUGAAAAAUUUUGUAAUUUCGGAAUUUUUUUUUUCACUAUUUUUAAAAAUGAAAUCUAUUCUUACAAGACUUUGGGAGGUCAUAUGAUAACUUCAAUGUUCUGAAUAAUGAUUCCCUUUUUUUAUUUUUUUCUUUUCUCAACGUAUCAUUUUUUAAACAUAGAAUUUUGUUCUAAAACAUCGUAUUAUUUUUUUUCUAAAAAAAAAGUUUUUUUAAUUCUGAAAAAAAUUUUGCUCUGAAGGUUUUUGUUGAAAAGCAGGUAUUGAGGACUGGCUUACUUAUGUAGAAUAAUGAAAUUAUAGUUUCAAAUGUUUUUUCUUCAAACUUCAUAGAAUGGUUUAGUGGAAGGACUGCGACGCAACUCGACCUACGAAUUCUGCGCCAUCGCCGUCGUUGACGGUGUCGCUUCUGUGCCUUCAGAAACCUCCGACGUCAUCCAGCUCCGACCCAUGGGCCGAGGUGGAACUUCUAUCUUUUUCCUUCUAGAACGUGAUUUUCCAGCCUCGAGCAUACGAAAUCCACCUGAAAUGCCCCAAGCUCCCGAGUACUUCGAGAUCGACGGAGAUAAAAUCACGAUUUGCUGGCUGCCCGCUCAUAGUUCCUUGCCUGUUCUGGUCAGUUUUCUGUUUUCUUUCCAAUAAUUUUCUUUUCUUUCAGGGCUAUGAUGUCGAGUUCCGUGACGUUCAACAAGACGAUCGCUGGUACAAAGUGAACGAUCAGCCUGUUUUCGCCUGCAAAAUGACUGGUGAGAGACGGGGAAUGUUUGAGAGAAGAAGGAGUGGAUUCAGUCGGGGAUUUGAUCAUCGGACACGAUUAUCAGUUCCGAGUGGUGGCUCACAACGCCUCGGGCACGUCUUCGCCUUCGCAUCCUUCGCCUUUCGUCCAUAUUCAGCCCCCACGUUCGUUAAAACUUCUCGAUCUCAUUUCAACUCUCUCUCUUCAGAUGACCGUUCAGAAGUCAAGUACGUAGAGGCGGAACGAUUUGGAGCCGUGCCUCUUCUGCAGGAAGAAAUGGUGCGGGAGUCCCCGCCGUUGCCGGAACGCGACGAUUCGCCGCCGCCUCUGCGACGCGGUCCCAACAACGGCAACCGUAAGCUUUUCGGAAACGCGCGAUAACUUUUUGUAUUAGUUUUCCUUUUUUCAAAGACUGAGAUACUAUUUGGAGUCGAAUAUCGCCACACUGUUUUGAAACGUCCUUCAGAAAUAGUCAAGCUUCCUUUGGAUGAUGUCAUAUUAACCCCAGUUUGCUUUAUCAAACUUCUCCUAGUUUUGAGUUUUAAUUUCCGGACUUUAAAAUUUUCAAAUUCCUAUGUUUUGAAAUCACCUAUUCUGAGCAGUUCAGUUUUUGACAUGAUCAGAGAAAAAAAAAAUCAAAAAUAGCUAGUUUGAAAAACUUUGGAAAGAGUUAUGAAUGAAACAAUUACUUCUUUCUAGAUACUUUAUUUUUUAAAUCUUGAACGAUUAUUCAGUCAUUAUAAUGGUGGCUCGCUCCAAAUAUAUUUUGGUAUAUGUUUAGUUCAAUGGCGAGAUCCGUCGCUGAAAGAAGUCAUCGAGUACUUGUCGAGCUCGGACAAAGAAAAACAGCGAAAUGCGACCGGCUACCUGCAACAUUUGACGUUCAGCGACAAUUUGAUCAAAGAAGAGACGAGGUGAAUUUAAUGUUUGAUGAUCCCUCUAAUGCGGUUUCCAGGGAGUACGGAGGCAUUCCAAAGCUGAUCAAUCUUCUGAAAAGCGAUGUGCCUCAAAUCCAGAAAAAUGCGUGCGCCUGCUUGAAAAACUUGUGCUUUGGAAAGGAGAACGACGCAAAUAAGGUGCAAAGGAUUUCGUUAGCAUUUUUUGAACGAUGGGGUUUUUAAGAUUGCGGUUCUGGAGGCGGACGGCGUGCGGAUGUUGGCGGCUCUGCUGCAGACCACCCACGACGCUUCGGUCAAGGACGAGGCGACGGCGACCCUCUGGAAUCUGUCGUCGGCCGACAUGCUCAAGCCGGUCAUUCUCGAAUCCGCCACUGACGUCCUCGCUCAACAAGUUCGUUCAUUGCCGUCUUUUCCUAAACUCUUUUUCCUGCUAGUAUUGUUUUAAAUAUUCUCAGGCACCUUUUUUGCAAUUUAGUUGAAAAAAACAGAAGCUCUAAUUGAAACUGAAGUAUCUGUAUACAAAAUUGGCAUGUUUUUUUUUUCGUUUUCUAUUCUCCUCUUCCAGAUUUUUUUCACUCGAAAGUUUUCUCUUAUUUUUUUGUAAGUUCAUUACCCUAUUUCCCGAAGUACAGACGUUCUGAAUAUAAUUUUUUUGGAAGGUACCUCAAAAAAAAAAAAAUCAUAAAGACAAUGUCUGAUAUUAGUGUUCUCUGUGUUAACCAAGGAUCUUUUUUUUAUUCUCGUCGGUCAACUUUCCGACUUUAGAUUUUGUCUUGGGUGAUUGAAUCUCCAUGAAAGCUGUUCCAGGUCCUCGCUCCUCAUGCGACUGGCUUCCCUUCAACGAAUGGACAAGCCAACAACGGCAGUCCGCCUGUUGCAGACGUUUGGAAGCAUUAUAACUCGACGCUCUUCAAGAACUCGACCGGCGUUUUGAGGUUAUUCCAAUCUAAUGUCCUCUGCCUAAUCAAAAAGCUCCAGGAACAUCUCCGCGGCGUCAAUAGCUGCAAGACAACGUCUUCGGAAAAUGCCGCAGCUGAUCGAGGCGCUCGUGCUCUACUUGACUCAGGCCAUCCAGCGGAAUCAGGUCGACUCUCCGACUGUCGAGAACGCCGUCUGUCUGUUGCGCAACCUCAGCUACAGGUUCUUUCCUAUGUCGAAGAAAAUCAUUGAUUCGCUCUUCAGGAUACAAGAAGUUGUCGAUCCGAACUACGACCCACAAACAGCUCAUGCUCAGUCUGCAAAAAGUGGCAAGCUCACGCCCGUGAGUCCGAAGCCCAAGAAAAAGGACAAGAAAAAAGAGCAGAAGGAGCCACCAACUGUAUGUUUCUUGCUCCUGAGAACUCUUGUGAUUUCCAUCUUUCUAGGGAGCUAGUGUUCUCUGGCAGCCUCACGUCGUCAAGCUCUACUUGAAGCUGUUGCAAGACACAUCCAACAUCGACACCCUCGAAGUUUAUUCCAUCUUUCCUUUCAUUUUUAUCUUCAAUUUCCCAGGCAUCAGCUGGAGCGAUUCAAAACUUGGCAGCAUGCCAGUUUCCGCCUUCGGCCGAAGUCCGUGCUGCCGUCCGUUUCGAGAAAGGGUUGCCUGUUCUGGUGGAACUGAUCCGUCUUCCGGAGGAUUUCGUCGUCUGCGCCGUCGCCACCGCCUUGCGCAACCUCUCCAUCGAUCCGCGCAAUCGAGAACUCAUAGGUAUCCUUUCUUUUCCCAUUUUUGGGUCAGAAGAAAAUUUCAAACCCAUUGCCAGCUUCCUUCAGCGAACUAGUUUCGAAUAUGAAAAAAAUCUUUUUUUUCAGAUUUAUGAAAUUCUUAGUGAAGAAAUAGAGAGAAAAAAGAAUUUUCCAGGACCAAAGAGAGAUUCCUUUGAAUGAUUUUUGCAAUUUUAGGAAAGUAUGCUCUUCGAGAGUUGCUGGAGAAGUUGCCGGAGCCAGAUGCUCCACGACCGCCAAUUUCGGACCAGACGAUUGGCGCCGUUCUCGGAAUCCUCUUCGAAAUCGUUCGCAGCAGCGCCCCCUACACUCGCGAUGUUCAUGAGCUUCAAGGUUGGUUGAUAAGGCUCAACAGAACCCGUAGAACACUUGAGCCUUCAGGUACCAACAAACUGCGGGCUUUGGCGCGAAGCUAUCCAAAGUAUUCGCAUCGCGUUUGCAAAUACGCCAGUCAGGUGUUGUACAUGAUGUGGCAACACAAGGAGUUGCACGACGGCUUCAAGCGGAAUGGUCUUAAAGAAGCCGACUUUUUCUCGGGAACUGCCAGAAGGUCCGCUUUUUAUCAUAAGAUUUAAAAAUCGGAUAUAAAAUUUUUCAUCAUAUGAAAAAAAAAAAUGGAGAGAAGCACUCCCAAACAAUCAGCUUUUGGCCGAAUGAAGUUUAAUGAAAUAAUCUUGCAGAGGUGACUCUUCGACCUUGGCUCGUCCUAUUUCAUCACAAGGACGAGAACGGCCUGCUGCCGCCCACACGACACUCGACGACACAGGUAGCAGUGGCGGCUACGGCGUCGUGUCUCAGGAAAGCCGUGGCGUCGUCCAGAACAACCACUCGCGACAGCCGACGCCACAACAGCGUCGUUACGACCAGCCGCCUCGGGAACCUCUUUACGCCUCCGUUCAGAAAGGAAACUCUCCCAGGACCGUCGACGAUAGCUGGGUUUGAACCUUUUCUUGAUGUGACAUUCUUCAGAGAAUUGUCUUUACCGUUUUGGAUCCUCGAUUCCUCACUUUUUCUUGACCGAGUAGGCGUUUUAUUAAGCUCAAAUUUCAAAUUUCAUUUGCUCAAAUUGGUUUUUCGAUUCGAGCUGACGUAGGCUUUGUUUCAAACAUUAUACAUUAUCAAAUAUUAUUGGUUAGGCCUAUGAUUUCAUCAGCAAUACUGUUCACUAUAGGAUUUUAAUUGGAUUUGAAUCAUAAGAGAUCAAAUUUCACUUUUUUUUCCUGUUGUAUGUUUUAGAGACGUAGAUUUACACGAUUUAUUUCUUGCUUCAGACCGCAAAACUCCAUUUUUGUGAUUUCUUACUCACCAAUUUUUUUUGUUGGUACUUAUCGUGUUUCCUCUUUGUAUCAGUAUUUUAAAAGCUGACAGGGAUUCGGUCUAAAUCCACCUGAGUUAAGCUUCCAGAAAGAAACUUUUCUCUUAAAGAAGAAAAAUGAUAGCUACCGAAAAUAGUUGAAAAUGGAGUUUUGCACUUCUGCGCAGAACCUGGCUGAUUCUUUUGGAUUCCUAUUAUAGUUGCCGACUUUUGCUCUUCCUCUUUCUCGGUUUCACUUGCUCACUGCUGUUUUGAUCUUCGAAGGCUGCCUUUACUUACCGUUGUAUUUCCGAACUUGAAUGUCCUUUUCCAUAUUUCUUGUCAAUUAAGAUUAUAAUGUUAAUUCUCAUGUAGAUAUGGAUUUCCAAUUUAUCUGAUGACUAAUCAUUACCGGUAAAAAUGCUUACUUAUGGAUGAAUGUGCUCCAAAUCCGAAUUCUUUCACUAGUUGUUUUCAUUUUUGAUUCGGUUCGAUUGAUUUUAAAUUUAUGAAUUUUUUCACUCAUUCUGAAAGUAAACAGUUAAAGUGUUUAGAGUUUUCAAUUUGUCCCUUUUGGAAGAUACUUCAGUUUUGAAGCAGUAACGAGGAAACGCGGCGAGUUUUUGAUCCCCAAAUCCCAGAACCGCCAUUUUGAAGUUGUGAUGGCGUGGAAUGUCGAAUUUCUUGGUCCUUCGGAAGGCGAUGAUGUCGUGCAAUGCGGGUAUUUAGGCGGUAUUCCCUUGCGGUUCGCUCGUUAACCAUUUCGUCGCAAGUAACGAGUGCGAUUGUGACUGCCGCGACGUGUUUCCUGCGGUUUGUUUGCCGCGGAAGCAUUCGUAGCAGGACUCACGACACCGCCCAUCCGGACCGAGACACGCAAACCCAUCAUCCGGCAGGCCCUAAUUAG